UUUUCCUUUUGCAUUUCAGAGGGGUUUUUUCCUGUUGUUCUUGGUGGUUGGGGUUCUCACACAUUACUUUUGACGAUCGGUGCUAUACUGGUGUAGCGCAGACGUGGAGUUUCUGGUUGCAGUGGGUCUGAGGCAAAUUGUCAAUACGAAGAUGACCUGUUGGCCUGCUUCGCCGAACUGAUUUUGUUGAUCCAUUCUUAUUAUUUGCACUGAUUGCACCCUGAUAUUGAGAAACAUUGUGUGGUUGACGAAAGUGAGGUAUGGAUCCCCUUGGCACCAAUUCUGGAGUUGUGGAUGUUGCGGAAAUCAAGCGGUGGUCGGCUACGACCCAGUCUGGAAAUCUUCCUGAAGUCGAUCCUCUCAGCUCCGACCAGUCGCCGUUUCCAUGCAACCCUCAAAUCAAUGCCAAAAUUGCUCUUUGGGAGGGCGACAUUGGAACUAUCAAUGCGCAAGCAGUCACAAGCGCAACUAACGAGGCUAUGACGGAUUUCCGGCACCCGGCCACACGCAGCGUCUUCGACAAAGCAGGUCCUGGCCUGCUGCAGGAGUGUCGCAUGCAGAUUCAAACUUGUCGUACCGGGGAGGCAAAAAUCAGCCAGGGUUAUAACCUUCCAGCUCGUCAUGUGAUACACACUGUCGGUCCUCGAUACAAUGUGAAGUACCGCACGGCAGCUGAGAGUGCUCUGUACAAUUGCUACCGCAGUGUAAUGCAGCUUGCCAGGGAGCAGCACAUCACAACAUUGGCUAUCAGUGUUCUGCACUCAUCUCAUCGAGGCUAUCCGGCAGAAGAGGGUGUUCAUAUCGCACUUCGAACGGUGCGGCGCUUCAUGGAGAAAUGGACAGACAUCUUCGACCUGAUUGUCAUUGCUGUGGAGGGCAGCGAUGCGGCAAUUUAUCAUCAAACGUUUUCCAUGUACUUUCCGCGGAGUAAAGAGGAAGAACAGGCGAUGACGAAUGUGUUACCAGAAGAUAUCGGCAAUGAGGAAGGAGAGCCAGUGAUAGCAGACCGUCAGAUUCGCAUUCGUGAUAACCCUAUCCUACUACAAGCCGAACGGCACGAUGCAAGUGACGAAGAGGGAGCAGCGACGGGUGUUACUGAUCCCGGUGACCUAGCGGAAGUUGGCCAGCACUCCUUCGCUCACAUGACUGGGGACCAGGACAGUCGUCGGCUGGAAGUGCUCCGCGGUAGAACGAAAGAGGAGACGGCCGAAAUGGAAAAGCAGAGGAUGUACCAGCGGCUAUUACGGCGGGCUCGCACGGAGGACAUGUCUGACAUGGCGCGAUUACGCGCUCUAUACACGUCAGGUGUUGACUUCAUGGGGCGGCCAGUUGUUGUGUUCGUUGCUCGGCAUUUUCCCGCUACGUCUGUCGAUAUUGAAAAGGCGAUUUCCUACUUUAUCCACGUCCUGCACCCCGUUGUCGACAAGGACUAUGUGGUUGUGUACUUUCACACGCUGAGCGCUAGUGAGAACCAUCCAGAGCUCUCGAUGCUGCGGCAACUCUACGACCUUGUUGAUAACAGGUACCGGAAGCAUCUCAGGUCAUUCUACAUUGUCCACCCCACCAUCUGGUCCAAGGUUGCAACGUGGUUCUUCACCACCUUCACAGCCAGCAGCAUCAAAGAGAAAGUCCAGAACAUGGAUGGAGUCCAGUACCUCUAUGACGUCAUCAACCCUGAUCAGCUGCAAGUGCCUCAGUUUGUACUCGACUACGAUGUGCAGAAAAAUGGUCUAAACUACUAUACACCACAGGGCAGAGAAGGUGCAAACAAUGGUGGCCUGUGAGGCUAAUCUCGCUGCCCAAGUCAGGAGUGUUGUACAUUAUGGUCGCUGUCAUUGCUGGUUGGUUUGUUGUUCUUGUUGUUUCUGCUUCUGUUACUGUCGGGUUUCUUCUGGUGUUUACUUCAAAGUAAUCGUUCAGAAUCCGUUUGUACUCCUGUUUUGUUAAAACGCUGGUGUGUGUCUUGUGUCAACUGCACACCUCUUACACAGAGCAUGCAUGCAUACACACAUACGUAUUGAUCUCAUUGUCCUUGUGUUUGGUCCUUGACAUCUGUAAAAAUGUCAUUUCCGUCAGUCAUGCGGCUUUCUUGUAGAAAAACAUUAUGUUCAUGGUUUGUGUUUACCACAUAAGUCAGCAAUGUUUUGCCCCCACUCCCAUCCGUGUACUUCAGUCGGCCCUGCACAUUGAUUUUGCUCUGCUGCAGACAAGCACGCACUUGCGUGCGCACGCACGCACACACACACACACACACAUACACACACGCACAUGCCAACCGGUACACAUAGAUUUAGUGGAGAGUGUAUUUAGUGUGCGCUGCAAUCAUCUCGUUCCGAUUCAAGCUUUCGUCGUUUCAUGCUCUCCGUACUGUAAAUGACCCUCAGCUGGCUAAGGGUUAGCAUUAUUAUGUUACAGCUGCAUGCUUGUGUGGACAUUUUCCUAUUUUUCUAUCUAUGCACAUGACUCAUUAUUGAAACCAAGUAUUUUUUUCACCCAUCCCCAGACAUGCGUUUCACUGAUUUUUGUCCUUUCUAGUUCUGCGGCGUGAAAACCUAUCACACGUACACACACACACACACACGUACACACGUACGUACACGCACACACAUACACAGACCAUGCACACACAUCCAUACGUACACACACACACACACACACACACACACACACACACACACACACACACACACACACACACACACGUACACACACAUUGUUCUCAUCCACUUGCGAGCUUGUAAGCUUUUCUGCCCGUCAGCGUAUGUUUCCCUCAACCGUCUGAAAAAAAUCGAAUGUCUUACUUUGUAAUGGAAUUUCCUCUUCAGUUAUCGUUUCCUUUGUGUGCAUGUUCACUUCAGUCUUCUUUUUGUGCUGUGAGUGUGCCCGUGCUUAGAUACAUACAUGUAAAUGGAUUUUGAAGUAUGAUACUUGAAAUUUAUGUGGAUAUAUUAUUAUCACUAUUGCUUCCGAACGCUAUGAAGUAUUCUUUGCUGGAUCUGCUUCUUCUUUUCUUUUCUUUUAAAUGUGAUGGCGGCUUCAUUGCAGUCCUAUGUGCUACCGUUUC